AUGGUCCAGCAGCAACAGCAGCAACUACAGCAUCAGGAGCAGGUCACUGCAGACGCCAGCACGUGUCAAGACACGGGAGACCAGCAGCGCCAGGAGCAGGAACAGGAACAGGAAGAGCAUGCGACAACGAUCGUCCCGUUGCGCGUACGAGUCGACGACGCCUCGCAGCGCGAGACUCUGCUGGAGUUCGAGUGCGACUGGGCGCCGGGCAUCGGCGGCUCCGUCUGGACCAGCGGCGAGCUGCUGGCCGCGCACCUCGAGCUGCAGCGCGAGCACUACCGCUCCAUCUUCGAUGGCGCGCGCGUGGUGGAGCUGGGCAGCGGCACGGGCUACGUGGGGCUCAUGAUCGCCGCCUGCUUCAAGCCGUCGCACGUGUACCUCACAGACCUGCAGACGCACAUCCAGGGGCUGCAGCGCAACGUCGAGCGCAACGCGGGCGCGCUGCGUCCGGGCGUGCAGGUGCACGUGUCGGAGCUGAGCUGGGGCUCGUCAGAGCAGGAGACGAGUCUGCUGGAAUCCGUCGCCGCGACGUCCGAGGACAUUGAAGCUGGAAAGGUUGAUGUCAUCCUGGGCACGGACGUCGCCUACCUCCGCGAGCUCUACGACCCCUUGCUGCACACGAUGAGCCGCUUGGCGACCAAGCGCACGCUCAUCCUGCUGGGUCUCAACCGCGCGGACACGCAGCUUACGUUCUUCCGGCAGCUCGAGCUCGACGGCUUCGAGUUCUACAAGAUCCCGGACUUCAAGCUGCCGCAGGAGUACUGGGGCCGCGACUUUGGACUGUUCGAGAUCCGCCGCUGCAGCCGCCUCUGA